AUCUAUCUAUCUAUCUAUUAGCAUAUUCCAUUUUGUGUUGCCCAGGUCCCCCCUUUUAGCCCUUCCCCAAGCACUUCACCAUACCCCACCAGCAUCGGCCCAAUGGAUAGCAGUGGAAUGAGGUCACGGUAUCGCUCUUCGCCAACUGUAUACAACUCCCCUACUGGCAAGGAAGACUAUAUGACGGACCUCAGGUCUCUGGACAAUUUCCUUCGAAGCGAGGAGGAGAAGCUGCACAGAGUUCAGCUGGGUAAGCAAUUCUCCACGUAAAUAAUGUCUUUGGCCCCACCUGAUGGAGUAUUCGUGUAUGUCCAUAGCUGUGAAAGCCUUGCCAGCCAGUUCCCGUAGAUUUGUAGAUUCCCGUAGCCAGUAGAUUUGUAAUCUGGGGGACUGAGUUCGCUUCCCCGCUCCUCCACAUGCAGCUGCUGGGUGACCUUGGGCCAGUCACACUUCUCUGAUGUCUCUCAGCCCCACUCACCUCACAGAGUGUUUGUUGGGGGGAGGAAGGGAAAGGAGAAUGUUAGCUGCUUUGAGACUCCUUUGGGUAGUGAUAAAGUGGGAUAUCAAAUCCAAACUCUUCUUCUUCCCAUAAUUUCUUUUGCAUGCUUGUGGUUGGAUAAUUACAGGGAGCACACGGUGGCGCUGUGGUCUAAACCACUGAGCCUCUUGGGCUUGCUGAUCAGAAGGUUGGUGGUUCGAAUCCCUGUGACGGAGUGAGCUUCUGUUGCUCUGUCCCAGCUUCUGCCAACCUAGCAGUUCAAAAGCACACCAGUGCAAGUAGAUAAAUAGGUACCGCUCCAGCAGGAAGGUAAAAACGGCAUUUCUGUGUAGUCUGGUUUCUGUCACGGGGUUCCAUUGCACCAGAAGAGGUUUAGUCAUGCUGGCCACAUGACCCGGAAAGCUGUCUGUGGACAAACGCUGGCUCCCUCAGCCUGAAAGCCAGAUGAGCGCCGCAACCCCAUAGUUGCCUUUGACUGAAUUAACUGUCCAGGGGUCCUUUACCUUUUACAGGGAGCACAGAUUCCAGUUCUCCUUCUAGCAGCCCAACCUUUUGGAACUACAGCCGGUCCAUGGCAGACUAUGCCCAGAUGCUCAGGAAAUUCCAGUACCAACCUGCCUGCAGGUCCCAAGCCCCAUCGGCCCACAAAGAUGAAGCUGAGUUGAGCUCCAAGCAGGUCGCUGAAGAGGUAAACGGAAAUUGGCAUCAGGGCAGUAGGGAAUUGUUUCCUUCUGAAUGGCACCUCCAGAACAUCAGUCUUCAACUUUUUCACAUCCAGGCCCACAUUUAACCCAAACAUGCUUUUGGGGACCCCCCGACUUCCCCCAAUAUAUUUAUAUGGUGUUAGUGCUAUGCGGGUGGCGCUGUGGGUUAAACCACAGAGCCUAGGACUUGCUGAUCAGAAGGUCGGCAGUUCGAAUCCCCACGAUGUGGUGAGCUCCCGUUGCUCGGUCCCUGCUCCUGCCAACCUAGCAGUUCAAAAGCACGUCAAAGUGCAAGUAGAUAAAUAGGUACCGCUCCAGCGGGAAGGUAAACGGCGUUUCAGUGCGCUGCUCUGGUUUGCCAGAAGCGGCUUAGUCAUGCUGGCCACUCGGAAGGAAGCUGUACGCCGGCUCCCUUGGCCAGUAAAGCGAGAUGAGCGCCGCAACCCCAGAGUCGGCCACGACUGGACCUAAUGGUCAGGGGUCCCUUUACCUUUAGUGCUAUUCACCUUAGUUCAGGUCCCAACCCACCAGCUGAAGACCAGUGCUCUAGAGUCAUUACAGUGGUACCUCGGGUUAAGUACUUAAUUCGUUCCGGAGGUCCGUUCUUAACCUGAAACUGUUCUUAACCUGAAGCACCACUUUAGCUAAUGGGGACUCCCGCUGCUGCCACUGCACCGCCGCUGCAUAAUUUCUGUUCGCAUCCUGAAGCAAAGUACUAUUUCUGGGUUAGCGGAGUCUGUAACCUGAAGCGUAUGUAACCUGAAGCGUAUGUAACCCGAGGUACCACUGUACAUGUUAGUGGCAAAUCACUACAAGAGCAUGUACUUAAUAGUGAACUCCAUUGGGACUGGAAGACUGAAUUCAGAGUAAAAUUGCAUUGGAGCGUGCAUUUGGGAGUAGUAAUAGUUGUUUACUAUUAGACUCUAAUGGGUUAUUGAUACUGCUUUGUUUGAUAUAAGUUGUUUAUUUUAAAGCGAUUGUGACUUUUUUGUAUUUGAUCUGGUUGUUAUUAUUGUUUGAUGGUUUAUUUUGUUUUUAAAUGGGUGGGGUAUAGAUAAAAUAAAAAGUUUAAAAGACUUGCGACUUUAUAACUUGCUUACUAUGUUUCAAGAAGAUAGGAGGAUGUAAAUAAUAAUAAUCAUACAAUGACUGGACUGAGUUGACAUACUGAGACCAUCUUGUUUUCCCAUUCAGGUUUGGGCAAGAGUGUCAAUGAGUAGGCAACUUCUGGAUCACAUGGACUCCUGGACUGCUAAAUUCAGAAACGUGAGUUCUGCCACUGGCCUUUGAAAUCAAACAGGUGACUUCUUGUUUGAUUUGGGGGAUAAAUAGUCAAAUUAAGCUAAGGAGGGAUGGCUGACAGAUUGCUGUGUGGGACAAACUGAAAUGGCUUGAAAGCCCAAGACGCAGUUCAGCUUACCUACCUUUCUUUCUUUCUUUCUUUCUUUCUUUCUUUCUUUCUUUCUUUCUGCCAUUUAGUGGAUCAAUGAAACAAUUUUAGUGCCCCUCGUUCAGGAGAUUGAGUCCGUGAGCACUCAGAUGCGGAGAAUGGGGUGCCCAGAGUUGCAAAUUGGAGGUACGUUGACUUACAUAAAACUUGUGGCCUGUUAUCUCCUGUUGAAGGUGAAAUAGGGGAAAUAGCCCACUAUUUUUACCACUUGGUAAUAUCUGGGAACACCCUUUGGACGCCACAUUUGUUUAUAUUUAGAGGCAGAGUCGGGUCAGGUUGUUGUGAUCUACUGGGACACUGUACAGAUAAAUUUGCAUGUUUGUGGGUAGCAGAACAUAACCUUGUAGAUUAAAUAAAAGGAAGUGAGCAGCCCUUAUCAUGACUUAUCUUAGAACUUUUGGGGCUUUUCCUGUCUGGCGGGCUCAUGGCCUUUUGUUUUUGCAGAUGCCAGCAUCAGCAGUCUGAAGCAAGCAGCCCUGGUUAAAGCUCCACUCAUUCCCACACUGAACACAAUAGUGCAAUACCUGGACCUUACACCAAACCAGGAAUAUUUGGUUGAAAGGAUCAAAGGUAAAGAGUCAAGGUGCUGGUGUGCAUUUUGGGGCUUUUUUACGCUAGGUAUAAAUAGCAUUGGUUUUCAGCAAGUUGCUAUUGCAUCAGCAAGGCCUCUGCACUUUGGCCUCUGCUAAGGCAGAGGUGUGGUAGUAGAAGGAGGGUCUUGAGUUUCAAACAACAAUAUUACAGAUUGGCAGUAUAGCACUUAAUGGUGAUCCCGAUGAAGGUUUCCACAGGCUGAAAUCAAAUGAAAUAAUAAUAAUAAUAAUAAUAAUAAUAAUAAUAAUAAUAAAUGUAUUUAUUAUUUAUACCCCACCCAUUUGGCUGGGUUUCCCCAGCCACUCUGGGCGGCUUCCAACAGAAUAUUAAAAUACAAAAACCUAUUAAACAUUAAAAGCUUCCCUCAACAUGGCUGCCUUCAGAUGUCUUCAAAUAAAUCAAGGGCUGUCACAUGGAAAUAAUAAUAAUAAUAAUAAUAAUAAUAAUAAUAAUAAUUUAUACCCCGCCCAUCUGGCUGGGUUUCCCCAGCCACUCUGGGCGGCUUCCAACAGAAUAUUAAAAUACAAAAACCUAUUAAACAUUAAAAGCUUCCCUAAACAGGGCUGCCUUCAGAUGUCUUCUAAAAGUCUGGUAGUUGUUUUUCUAUUUCACAUCUGGUGGGAGGGCGUUCCACAGGGUGGGUGCCACCACCAAGAAGGCCCUCUGCCUGGUUCCCUGUAACUUGGCUUUUCGCAGCAAGGGAACCCCCAGAAGGCCCUCGGCACUGGACCUCAGUGUCCGGGCAGAACGAUGGGGGUGGAGAUGCUCCUUCAGGUAUAUCAUUCUAAACCAGCUUUUGCCAACUUGGCUCCCUACAACUCCCAUCAGCACCUUCGUCCAAAACAUCUGGAGGGCACCAGGUUGAUGAAGUCUGGUCAAACAGGUGUUGAAGGGAACAGCCCUUUUAGAACUAUCUCUUUCAGUCAUUGAAUGGUACUGAAGCUCCAGGAACAGAAUCUCUUUUGUUAAACCUUCCUCCAGUUCUGCCCCCAAAUAACGUCCUGUACAAUUCUGCCAACCCACAGAGCUUUCUCAAGGAGGGUGCAUGAGCUCUUUCCGGUGGAAUCGGGGCGGAGACUUCAAAGCACGGAAAUGGGAUACUGAUUUGCCCACAGACUCUGCAGUAAGUCUUGUGUGUUGUCUGCCCUGAAUAUAUUCCAUUAAGGUUCCGUGGCUCAGCAACAGCGUUAAGAAUUAGAUGGGAACGUAGAUUGCAGUACUCAGAAGCAAGGGUUAUAUGCCAUUAAUUUUAGUCCUCUUGUGCUUAAACGAGGUUACAUGAAAUGUAUGACAUUUGUACGAACUUUUCUGUUUGGAUCUGAGCUGAUUGCUAGGUUGCCUGUAUUGGACCGACCUUGAAAUUUUUUAACUAGUUCUACACUUUUUCAAAGCACUAGAAUAAAUUUUUUUUGAAGUGACGCAAACAUAGUAAGUCGUUAGCAGACAUUAAGGAGUUUGUUUGGCUUUGUCCCAGCUUGGUUGAAUGUGGAUUUCAUUUCCCUCCGCCUCCUUCAGUGCAUCCCGGCAAGCUGAGAGAGAGAGAGAGAGAGAGAGAUGCACUUACCAUAUUUUUUGGUCUAUAAGACUCACUUUUUCCCUCCCCAAAAGUAAGGGGAAAUGUGUGUGCAUCUUAUGGCGCAAAUGUAGGCUGCGCAGCUAUCCCAGAAGCCAGAACAGCAAGAGGGAUUGCUGCUUUCACUGCACAGCGAUCCCUCUUGCUGUUCUGGCUUCUGAGAUUCAGAAUAUUUUUUUUCUUGUUUUCCUCCUCCAAAAACUAGGUGUGUCUUGUGGUCUGGUGCGUCUUAUAGAGCGAAAAAUACGGUAAUUGCUUAGUAUACUUUUGCUUCUAUAUAAGUAUUUGCUAGUAAGGGUCAUAUUCAUGUCAUUCUUUAUUCAGUUGCCUGGGAACAGGGUUGUGUUUUGUAUUAAGAAGAAGAGUGAAUUUAUGGCUUAUUCUGGGGAUAUUUUCUUGCCAGUGAUGGUGAGGAAAAUGCAUUUCUUUCUCUUUCUUCAGAUUAUCAUGCACGUGUUCUGCACAUACCUUGACUCCAGGCUACCACCUCAUCCAAAAUAUCCCGAUGGCAAAACAUUCACCUCCCAACAUUUCAUCCAAAUGCCUGAUAAGCCAGGUAAUGGGGCUGUUAUAGCAUUUUAUGAACUGGGUGGGGCGGUGUUUUGCCCUCACUCAUUGGUGAUGGUUGAUCAUGAGAACAGAGGAAACUCCACACAAGCAGGGAUGCCUCUGUGUACAUGGAGCUCUGUAUGCAUAUUGGAGCCUCAUGAAACUUUUUGAGUAUGGCCUUUAGAUACAUCCAGCAGUCUCCCACAAGCUAUGGCUUGAGUAGCAUUAUCUUACUUUAUAUAAACAAACACACAGGAUUGUAUCCAGUGGUGAUGCUCUGCUGACAGUAAGGCCUCCAUCAGUGGACCGGGGAGAGAAGUCAUUUUCAGCCAUUCUCCCCCCCCCCCAAAGCCUACCCCCAUCUGCUCCUGAGGUUUUGCAGAGUUGUUUCGGGGGGGGGGGGCGAAGGGGAAAUGGCUGGAUAUUAUUUCCCUCCCUCUACCACUUGUCAUCAAGGGACGUGGGUGGCUUGACCACAGAGCCUAGGACUUGCUGAUCAGAAGGUCGGCGGUUCGAAUCCCCGCGACGGAGUGAGCUCCCGUUGCUCGGUCCCUGCUCCUGCCAACCUAGCAGUUCAAAAGCACGUCAAAGUGCAAGUAGAUAAAUAGGUACCGCUCCGGCGGGAAGAUAAACGGCGUUUCCGUGCGCUGCUCUGGUUCGCCAGAAGUGGCUUAGUCAUGCUGGUCACAUGACCCGGAAGCUGUACACCAGCUCCCUCGGCCAAUAAAGCGAGAUGAGCGCCACAACCCCAGAAUCGGUCAUGACUGGACCUAAUGGUCAGGGGUCCCUUUACCUUUUACCACUUGUCAUCAGCCAAAUAACUCCGUUAAUCAAGGCAAAAUAUGAACUUGUUGUUCACAGACGUCUCCAACGAGAACUUGUUUUGCAUCUACCAGAGUAGCGUCAACCCUCCCCACUAUGAACUUAUUUACCAGCGACAAGUCUACAGUCUACCAAAGGUAGGAAUGCAGCAACUUUCCCACUGAUGCCUCCAGGACAGCGGAGCAGCGCAGAAGAAAUUGGGUGGUGUUCCAAAACUGCUAGGGAGGUGUCCAGUGGGUGGGGAUGUGAGUCACCUGCUGUACAGGAUAUUUCCGUGGCAUCAGUCUUCACACACCUGUUGAGCCGUCACCUGUCUUCCUCGCAGCAUGGUGAUGCAUCUGUGGCUGGGAGAAGGGAGCAAAGUACAGUGGUAACUCAGGUUAAGUACUUAAUUCGUUCCGGAGGUCCGUUCUUAACCUGAAAUUGUUCUUAACCUGAAGCACCACUUUAGCUAAUGGGGCCUCCUGCUGCUGCCGUGCCGCCGGAGCCCGAUUUGUGUUCUUAUCCUGAAGCAAAGUUCUUAAUCUGAAGCACUGUUUCUGAGUUAGUGGAGUCUGUAGCCUGAAGCGUAUGUAAUCCGAGGUACCACUGUACUGGUCGUCUCCAUUAACGAGGCUUGCUAGUUACCCUUCCUUAUAAGUGACAAUCCCUGCAACAAAUUGUUGUGGUAUGGAGUACUGCUGUUCAGGAUUCCCUUUUCUAAGCUACUACAUGACAUUUCCCGCCCCCCUCCUGAAUUUGCUGUUUCUUUCCCCUAAUUGUCAACCAGCAUGCAGUCGCUGAGUCUGCUUAGUCCCCAUUGGUGUGUUUUCAGCCUCAUCGGUCUGUUUUCAGCUUUUUGGCGUUUUAGAGGUAGUUUCCCCCUGAAUAUAUUUUGGUUACUUCUGCAGCCCUGGGGGCUUCCCUGAGGGAACCUGCUGACCCCUCCGUCUUGGAUGUGGAUGGUGCACCCUUAACUUCAUAAGGGCCCACAGUCCUGGGAAUGAGCUCACAUUUAAUGUAUAGGAUACUUAGGAAGCUUCAGGGGGUAAAAACAGUUCACGUCUGAGCUAUCCAAAAGUAUAGCCGCUUUCGGGUCUGGGAGAUGCUGUAUUGUGCACUAGAUUCUCAGUUGACCCAACCAGGUGUGUGCAUAGUGGUCUUACAGAGGUGCAAGCGAUUCCAGUAUUGCAAUCCGACAAUAUAGAGGGCAACAGCCCCUCAUGCUUAGUCUAAGUCUUUGUCACGUGACCCCCCCUCCUGUUCACUCGGACCCCUUUUGUCUUUCAAUUUAGGGCAGAAACAACUUGUUCCACACCUUGCUAAUGUUCCUGUACAUCAUAAAGACUAAAGAAUCUGGGAUGCUGGGGUAGGUAUGGCAUUCUGCAUAUUGCUGAACCCAACACUGGGCUGGGAAUGUCCCCUGAAUAGCUUCUCUCGGUCAGUGUGGACAGUACCAAGAUACAGUGGUACUUCUGGUUACGUACUUAAUUCGUUCCGGAGGUCCGUUCUUAACCUGAAACUGUUCUUAACCUGAAGCACCACUUUAGCUAAUGGGGCCUCCUGCUGCUGCCGCGCAAUUUCUGUUCUCAUACUGAAGCAAAGUUCUUAACCUGAAGCACUAUUUCUGGGUUAGCAGAGCCUGUAACCUGAAGCAUAUGUAACCCGAGGUACCACUGUAUAUGGACCCAAUAGUCUGGCAGCAAUAGCAUAAGGCAUCUUCCUAUGUCCCUAAACAAGGAGAAGUGAACUGCUCCCUGCCAGAAGAGAGGUUAUCACAUCACAUUGAGGGUGGAGGGGGAGAGUGGUGGAAUAAUAAUACUACUAAUAAUAAUAAAAUAAUAAUAAAAUGCUAUUUAUAUCCCGCCCUCCCCAGCCAAAGCUGGGCUCAGAGUGGCUAACAGUAAAAAUAGCACAGUUUACAUAAAAUCACAGUCAAUUAAUUGAAAUACAUUCUAAAAUCAGUUCAUUCUAAAAUCAGUUCAAAAUCAGAUUAAUGGGAAGAGAACAGUUACUAGCCAAUAGAGUGUGGAGGGAUGGCAGGUGGAAAUAUUUAGCAAGAAGGACUGAAAAUGAGCUGGAUUUGCCCCCAUUUAUUAUUAUUAUUGCUGGCGUGUGCACGUAUUGGGGUGGAGGCUUGACGAACGAAACUCCCUAAUGAGGGACUUAGGCUGUGGCCACAUACGGUAAGUGGGAGUAUGAGAAUGAAGCCCAGUUAAUCAAAUAAGCACGGACAUUAGAAUUGGCUUCUGUGUAUCAGUAGCAAUAUUUCUAUAGAGUGGUUAUCGAAUGGAGGGGUUUAGCUUAACCCCGCUCCUGGUGCACCAGCUUCAAAUGAGACUUUAACAUUUUAAAUUUCUUAUUUUAUGAUGAAUGGUAUAACUUGCAUGUCUUGAUAUGAAAUGCAUCAACUAUUUUUUGCAGGCGGGUCAAUCUUGGCUUAUCUGGUGUGAACGUUUUGUGGAUUUUUGGAGACUAGCUUCCAGUCCCUGUCGCAGGACACGUGGGGAUAAACACCCCGACUUGUGUUUGGGAAGAGAACUCAGCAGCUUGCUGAACUUACUACCUUGAAAGCAUGGUUUGGAUAUAUAAAGCAAGACAUUUGUUUUUUAAAAACUGUAUUUGGAAUAAUAAUGAGAAACUUUCAGCAUCAAAACCAAAUGGUUUCUGUGAAUGACUUGACUUGAGGAUCACAGUGGGAAAGUUACAUCAUUUCUAGAUGGACUGAAUUACCUUUUUGGAUAUCAUUCUGUUGAAUGCGACUGCUGCUUUUAGACGACAACAGGAGGCCUGUUUGCCACACAAACCAUCUGCCUCUGGAGAUUCAUAUAAGCAUGACACCAAGUCGAUAAUGCAUUGCUGAAUUGGAUCCAAACUAUUCAAGUGAGGCUGUGUAUUCUUGGAGGCUGCUUCCAUUUUGCCGUGUCAGAAAAAAAGGUCACAUCAGUAUAUCUUAAGUACAAGGCCCCAAACCACAGAAAUACAUCAAAUCAGGUUUCUUUUGAGUCUUGGUUACAAAGGUAUGUGCCUUUCAUCUCUAAUGCACGAGUGACUUUGUAUGAUCUACGUUGCCUUUUUUCUUUUUUGAAGUGACAGUACUCCAGCUCCUCUACCAACGGCACAAAACAGCAGGCAAACUUCAUUUUGACACAGCCUUUUCUCAGGGCCCUUGGGAGAUGUAGUAUUUGGGUUGGUCGGGGUUCAAAUUUCAUGUUUCUAUGGGAUUCUGCGAAGUGAACUGCAUCUAAAGCGUAGGGGUUUCCAAUAGUUCAUGGCAUGGACGUGCUGCUGCCUUUCUUCCCCAACGCAGUCCGAUAAGCAGUGAACUACAAGAGUGGAACAUCACACUGCCAUUGCAGCAAAACUGCCCCAUGAGUCCUGUUGCCAAAUAAACCAGUACAGUGGUACCUCUACUUACGAGCACCUCUGGUUAUGUAUCCUUCGGGAUACGCAUGCAGCAAACCCGGAAGUAUUUUUCUGGGUUUCGCCGCAUGCGCAGAAGUGCUCUACCGCGCGCAUGCGCAGAACAGGCACCUCCAGUUGCGAAAACCUCAGGAUCCAACCGGAGUUCCGGAACGGAUCCCAUCCACAUCUAGAGGUACCACUGUAGUUUAUUUUUCCUCCUAGGUUAAGACUGUGUGGUGGGUGGGAGAAGGAUGGGCAUGGAUUGGACGUCGCAUGUCUUUGGAUAAUCUGGUAUAUAUAUAUAUUUUAAUGAGCGAAUUCUGCUUCCAGUCACGUCACUGGGGCCUUUCCAGUCUGCAAACAUCUUGGCUGCAGUUGUACUUCUCUUUCCUUGCAAGGGAACAAUUUUGCUGCUCUGUGUGCCUGAUUGUUUUGGAAAGGAAGUAGCGGCUGGCUUCCCCUGCGAAAAGUUCCCCAACCUUAGCAUGUACCUCUUGGUGCCCAGACAUUUGACAAACAAAGCUAUUUCAGAAAACUGCACCCUCUUUUAAAGAAUAGGGUGUUCCAAAACAAACUCUCAGCAUAAAAUAUAAUUCAUUUGCCUUGCAACCACAGCACGCAGGACAAUUUGUAGGUCUAAUUUAAUUAAUUUACCGCUAGAGGUCUGCAGCCCUGCAUCUCUUAAUUCAGUUCUGUGAAACCCUAACCCUCAACAUAUCAACAGAUCUUGUUGUGACCCAGAGCAGCAUAUUUUGUAAGCAAAGCUUCUUUUGUUGUCUUGACAAAGUGUGUUUGUACUGGAUUUUGCAGGAGUGAACAGGCUGGUGAGAUGGCAGGGGGUGGCUGCUUCUGCUUCCGUAGCCACUGGUCUUAAGACCUAUUGCUGUGACAGCAGCUUGUGUGUUACGUUUUUCUGAUCCGAGUCAUGCUUUCCUCAGGGAGCUGAAACCUUUGUUGACACCUGUCUUGGUGCUGCCAUUAAAACGUCUGUUUUGAUUUGUC